UAUUUCAAGCCCGUCUCAGACACGGCUUCGGUGUCCUUGAGUCAUUCACGCCUGGAAACACCGACGGCACCGUUUCGACAUGAGCGGCAUCGCCGGGGCGGAGACCGACCUACUGCCGAGGAGCUGGGGUGGUCUGAACGGCGGAUGCAAGCCUCUUCCCGGCCAGGGCACGCCACACUCCAACACCUACACCGUGCAGUCGAGCGCUCUUUCACGGGACUCUGUUUACGCGCGGGACCUUCCCGUGCCGCUACUCAUGAUGCCAGCUCGUAAGGAUGUAUCCCACGGGGCGACCAACAUGGGGUGGAACGCCUCCUCUCACCAUUUGCACAUGGCGCAGGAGUGCCCCGCUCCUAUCGCAGAGUACUACACGCCGGGAGAACAGACCUAUCAACCCGUCGGAUUCGCCCUACCGCAGUCCAGAGGAUGCGACCCCUUCCCCAAUGGCCAUGAGUACUGUCCCCCCGGCUACGCCGUGGACGCCCAGUACGGAUGCCGCUACUACGACCAACGCAGUCCCGUCAACCAAUCCAUGUACGGAGCCCAGCAGCUACACCCGACCACCAACUCUUCCCCUCCUAAAGCAGCCACAGUCUACACGCAAGCCCUUACUGCAUUCCCAGGCACCAACCCCGUAACCGGAGGUACGAAGGGCUUCACCGCAACCUCCGGGACGACACCCCAGCGCCCUCGGACCAGAAAGAAGCGACGCCCGUACAGCAAACCUCAGCUGGCCCUUCUCGAAGACGAGUACGCCUCGCAGAAGUUCCUGACGAAGGAGAAAAGGAAGGAGAUCUCGGAAAGCAGCAGUCUGUCGGAAAGGCAGGUGAUGAUUUGGUUCCAGAACCGCCGGAUGAAGGAGAAGAAGCUAGCGCGUCGAGCCGCGGCGCAAAGACACGCACAACACUUAUACGCAUAAUUCUACAACCACUAGUCACAAUGUAUGUAUCUAUCCAAGUAUUUGAUGUACAUAAACGUGUUUUUUGAGGAGAAUAUCAAUAACAUAACGAAGCCACUAUGUUUUUUUCUUUCUUUGAAAAGUGACAGAGCAUUCCUGAAUGCUUAUCUUUUUACCUACGUCAGUGUACGUAAAACUUAGUGCAGCUUUACGCCAGGUAGAAUAGUCUGAAACAGGUGGUAUACGUAGUCCAAAACAAGAGAAAAGGUCAAGGAUAGACAAGGGGUAUACUUUUCUUCUGUCUGAAGGACGAUUUGAUGUGAGAUUUGUCCUUGAGUUAAUUUGUAGACCAUGAGGGUGACCAGAAACCACUUGUUAAGGACGGCUGUCCUGCUGGCAAAAUUACACCAAAUUAGUCUCAGUCUAAGUAAUGUCUGCGAAAACAUCCUGCCCGACGAUAGACACUCAGCUGAUAGCAGAGGCGAGCGUUUGUAGUAGCUUGCACCAGACGGUAGCCAAACAACGUGUAUACCAACUUUAGCACAUCCGGGCACUUUCAUGGCAGUAACGUCGGCGCGAACAACAAUAAUAAAACCGCCAUUUUGUGUGUGUUUACGUGGACAGUACUCUAGUGAAAUCCAGCUAAAUCCAAGAAUGGAGUUUCUCAAUCAGAUUUGGUGAUAAACCUUGAACGUGACUUUGACUAUCAGUAAUACAGUCUUGUUUUGGCCUUACUCCACUUACGGUGUUUUUUUAAGUUGCCAACGCCCUGCGAAUGUUUGAUAGCAGCAAAACGGUGCUUUAAAGUAGUGCGCUUAUUCCUCUGAACAAUUACGCUUUGGUGUCGUAGACCUUUGAGACUUUUUUGACUGAAAAUAUCUGCUGAUUAGAUUCCUUACGUGGAUUUUAAUGUUCCCGCUAUCAUUGCUCUCGGGCAAAAAGUAUUAAAAAUUAUCAAACGAUAAAUC